GGUUAGGUCUGACAGUUUAGGCUUUAUUUUAUUAAUUAUACAAUUGUUGGGUUUUUAUUCAUUAUUUAUACUAAUUAUCCUUCCUUUCUGAUUUUAUUAUAUUGUCUGUCUUAGUCAUAAAAUUUAUAAUUUGUAAAUAAAUUGUGUGAAAAUCUUUAACUGGAUUUUAGAGGACCUUAAAAAUGACAGAGGAAAAAGAUCAUAGCAAAAGCGGUGACACUGAAAAUGAAUCCACUAGUCAAGACAUAGAUGAUAAAACACAGGGCAGUGAAACUGAUAAUGAAUCAAAUCUGUCCUCUACUUCCGCCAGCUUAUCAAAAAUAAGUGGAAAUGAAGAUGAGAAAAAUAAGAAACCAAAUGAGCAAGUGAAUUGUUACUGUGGUAAAGAGAGAAACCUCAACAUAGUAGAGCUGCUUUGUGCCAAUUGCGGUAAAUGGUACCAUGAGUCCUGCAUUGGAUAUCAACUGGGAAAACUUGUACCAUUUCUAACCAACUAUGUGUUUUUGUGUAAAAACUGUUCUCCCACAGGACUGGAGACUUUUAGAAAAAGCCAAGCCCAAAUCACACAGAUGUGUGUAACAGCUUUAGCAAAUCUUCAACAAUCAAGUGCCAAGGAAGGAAUCAACAAGCUAAUGUUCCACAAGGAAAAAGAAAUUAUUCCAUAUAUUGAGUACCAUUGGGAAGCCCUGACCACCACAUCAAGACGAGUUACUCAAUCAUGGUAUGCCACAGUGACAAAAGGUUUGAUCAAAGAGAUUCACAAUUUAUUUAUUUUUGAUGAUAAACCGGAAGGUCAUAUGUACGGUUUAAGAGAUAUUGAUUUGACGGCAAUUAGACCAAACUAUGAUGCAAUGAUCAAAAGUGGUACCCUUAAAGUUACUGAAAUGGGCAUUCAACAUGCGGCGGGAAUUAAGUCAAGAAACAUGAAGCGAAAAUUCUUGGGAGACAUGGGAGGUCCCGGUAAAAAAAGUAGAGGACUAGAUCUGGCAACACCAAAACUGCCUCCACAUGGAUAUCCGUUAGACCAUCCGUUUAACAAAGACGGUUACCGUUAUUUGUUGGCCGAACCGGAUCCGCACGCUCCAUUCAGACAGGAAUUCGAUGAAAGCUCUGAUUGGGCAGGAAAACCGAUCCCCGGCUGGUUAUAUCGCACAUCCAUACCCAGUACUGUAUUACUUGCUCUUCACGAUAGGGCACCACAGCUGAAAAUAUCCGAAGAUCGAUUGGCUAUUACAGGGGAAAAAGGAUAUUCUACCAUCAGAGCUACACAUUUUGUUACAAGAGGUUGUUGGUACUGGGAAGCAACCAUAGAAGAAAUGCCCGAAGGCUCAGCUACAAGAAUAGGAUGGGGUCAGGAUUACGCUAACUUACAAGCCCCUUUGGGUUAUGAUAAGUUCGGAUAUUCGUGGAGAUCAAAGAAAGGUACCAAAUUCCAUGAGUCUCAUGGAAAAACAUAUGGAAAGGGGUAUGGAGAGGGCGAUACCGUUGGAUUUAUGAUCGUUUUGCCACAGAAUAAUUCUACUAAAUUUGUGCCUAAUACAUUUAAGGAUAGGCCUUUAGUGAAGUUCAAGAGUCAUUUAUACUAUGAAGAAAAGGACCACGUGCAAGAACGUCUUAAGACCUUAACACCACUAUCAGGCAGUAAAAUUAUAAACUUCAAAAAUGGGGAGUGUCAGGGCGUGGCAUUUGAAAACAUUUAUCAAGGAUCUUACUAUCCCUCCCUAUCUUUGCAUAGAAACGUCACGGUUUCUGUCAACUUUGGGCCGACUUUUAAGCAUCCACCGCCGGCAGAAUAUCACUGGAGACCUAUGUCCGACAAGGGAGAGCAGGCAAUUUGUGAGCAAACGGUAGCAGACAUUCUAUUUUUGACCGAAAACGAGGGAAGAUUGAGGCUCGACAGUUUCGUACUUUGACACUGAUUUCAGUGUUUUUAAGAUUUUUAGACAUUUCUGGAAAAACAUCAUUCCAUUUCUAAAAAAUAGAAAGGAAAAUUACAGGAACGAGAAUUUUUAAUAGAUGGUGUUAAAAUAAUCUCAUAAGAUUUAGGGAAUGAGCCUAUAAUCUCUAAAUCACUUGUAUACUUACAGUCAGUCAAAAUGAAACUCGUACAUUCCUUACAUUUUAUUUAUUUAUUUGUUUGUACAAAAAUAAAUUUUUUACUUACAUAAAAAAAUAAUAUAUCCAUUUUAUAUGAUGGCCUUUGAAAGACAAAAUAAAAGUAAAAAUAUAUUUUUCACAAAAAGAAGUUUUAAGAAAAAUGAGAAAAUUAAAUUUACAUUCGAUUUUACAACUCAAAAUGAAACUUGUCCACCAUUAAAAAUAUGCAGGAAAAAAAAACAUAAAAAAGAGAUUAAUAUUUUGUUGGUAGUCCUUUAUUUUUUAUAACAUCUGCCAAACGAUUGGGCAUUGAUCGCACCAAUUUUUCACAAUAUUCGGGUGAUAUUUUAGGCCAUUCUUCUUGAAUUACUACUUUUAAUUGCUCUUUGUUUGAAAUUUCAUGGUUUCUUAUAGCAACUUUCAAAUGUGACCAUAAGUUUUCAAUGACAUUAAUAUCUGGACUUUGCGGUGGAGUUUCAAGUACUUUUGGACAGUUAUGGAGCAACCAAUUCUUUACUUUUUGUGCCUUAUGCUUUGGAUCAUUGUCCUGGUAGAAUUUAAAUUCGGAAUUUUCGGGCGCUUGAUUUUAUUUACCUUACUGAUCCAAGGUUUUCUUCGAGCCACUCUACUAUGAAUAUAAUUUUUUUUUAGAAAAUUUCUGACUGUUUGAGGAUUAACUGUUUUUCGUAAAUAUUUCUCAAUUUCUUUUGCCAACUUCGGUGCAGAUAUUUUCGGGUUUUCCGUAACUUUCCUGAGGAUCCAACGUUCGUCGUACGAAUUAAACAUUUUUCGAGGGCUUUUCCUUACUUUAUUUGAUAUUUUAUUUUCACUUUUAUAACGACCCACAAAUCCUUGCACGGUAGAGUGCGGCCUACAAACCAUUUUGGUAAUUUGUCGCAAUGAUUUUCCAUUUUUCCAAUGUUGUAUAAUUAAUUUGCGUUCUACAACACUUGUUUGUCCACGCUGACGCCCCAUAUGGUAAAAGGACAAAAAAUUAAUUAAACUCAAUUAAAACUUACAUAGGAGUGUUAUAGGUAACGGGUGCUCUUAAUACCAAGUGCUAACUAUAAAUAAUAUUAUUGUUAUUGUAAAGUAAAUAUGAUGUACGGGUUUCAUUUUGACCAUAACAUUUUCUUAUCUCUUAUACUUUUUUAUGCUCAGCAUACAUUCUUUGCAUAUUUUUGCUCAACAACUUUAACAUUUUAUGCUGAUUGCAGAUAUAUAUAGUUGGAAAUAUUUUGCACGUUAUUUGUACAGAAUGUAAAAGAAACCUUAGGUGUACGAGUUUCAUUUUGACUGACUGUAAGUAGAAACGAAAAUGCUUAAACUGAGUCUUAAUACAUUAUGUUGAUAACAUAUUUCAUUCAAUUUAAGAACAUCAUCAGAUCUACUGAUUUAAAAAUGAAAGCUAGUUGUAAAAAGUGAAAAUUUUUAAUGCUGCGUUAUAAAGUAAAUUUAAUAAAGAAAACGACGCCUUGAGGCUUAUAUAAGAUGCAUGGCCUUUCUAAAUUCAAGAAUGACUUUAAAUUAAAAGAAACUCGCAUUAUCAACAUAAUACAUUUGUUUUCAUUUAAUCUCAUGAGUUUAAUUUUUUGUAAGAUCAGUAAGAAUUACAAAGAAUUAAAGUAUAUAGAAAUUAAUUUAGCUUUGUAAAAACAUCUUGUCCCAAGUUUUAAUUAUUGAAACAUUUAGGAUGAAUGAAUAAAGACAAGGUCUUUGAGAAAUUAUAUUUUUAAGGCAUUUAUACCAGCGCUUCUAUAUAAGGAAAAAUAUCAUAAUAAUUUUUUCUGAUAUUUAACAUAUAGAUAAAAGUUAGUAGAACCGAACUUUUUAUUUCUAAAAUUUUUGUUAUUUUUAUUCUGCUUUAUGUAUGAACAUCUUUUUAUUUAUGUGUGCUUCCUUAAAACGCCAAGUAUAAUUUAUGACUUGGAACCAAUGUAUAAUUUUUUAAUAUUAUAAUUUUAAAUUUAA